UCCAUUUGGAAGACCACUCUGAAGAGAUGAAAUAAGUUUUCUGCCAAAAAUUACUUAUUAAUUUACAAGGGAAAGGGGAAGUUUUGUUCCUCUCCUUGAUUUGACUGAAAAUCGAGGGCUUUCUCGAAUAGUUUUGGCAUCCAGGGUCAUUUUUCAUUAAAAAGCGAAAAGUCAUGUGAAAUAUAAAUCUCCCCAGGUCAUUCAGCCCUAGACCCUGGGAGAUUCUGUACAGAGGGGGUUUGUUAUAGUCAACUUUUCCGGGUAAAACAAACACAAAUACUCCUCCUCCACGGGGCGGGGGCGGUGCCUAGGUGAUGCACCAAUCACAGCACGCCCUACCCUAUAUAAGGCCCCGAGGCCCCGCAGCGCUUUACGCUUUUCGCUGGUUAUUACAUUUUGCGUUUCUCUGCUGUUAUGUCUGAAACUGUGCCUGCAGCUUCUGCCGGUGCUGUUCCAGCCGUCAUGGAGGAACCUCUAACCAAGAAGAGAGUGAAGAAGCCGGCUGGCUUGACAAGCGCAAGUCGCAAAGCAUCUUAUUUCUCUGUGUCCAAGUUGAUCACCGAGGCCCUUUCAGUGUCACAGGAACGAGUAGGUAUGUCUCUGGCUGCGCUCAAGAAGGCACUGGCCGCUGCUGGCUACGACGUGGAGAAGAAUAACAGCCGCAUCAAACUCUCCCUCAAGAGCUUAGUGAACAAGGGAAUCCUGGUGCAAACUAGGGGUACUGGUGCCUCCGGUUCCUUUAAGCUUAGUAAGAAGGUCCUUCCUAAAUCUACCAGGAGGAAGGCUAACAAGUCAGCUUCUGCUAAGACUAAGAAGCUGGUUUUAUCCAGGGACUCCAAGUCACCAAAGACUGCUAAAACCAAUAAGAGAGCCAAGAAGCCGAGGGCGACAGCUUCUAAAAAACCUGUUAGGAGCGGGAGAAAGGCUAAAGGAGCCAAGAGUAAGCAACAGCAGAAGAGCCCCGUGAAGGCAAGGGCCACGAAGUCAAAAUUGACUCAGCAUCAUAAAGCUAAUAUUAGAAAGUCCACAUCUAGGAAGUAAAGAGCUUUCCAGGAGGCCGAUUUUGAAAGAACCCAAAGGCUCUUUUAAGAGCCACCCACAUUAUUUUAAGAUGGCGUAACACUGGAAACUUAUUUUCUGUGACAGUUAACUAUACGUUUAAGUUGUGAUGCAGCUGAGUUGAGAAGUCUAGAGGUGGGAGAAUUCAGUCCAAGAUUCAAGACCAUCCUGCACAAUAUAGCCGGACUAUCAUCUAUACCGGGGUCCCCAUUUUCCCCAGCCACCGACCGGUACCGGUUCUUGUCCAUGGCACGUUACGAGUUGGGCCGCACAGCUGAGGGGUGAGCGAACAUUAACCACCUGAGCUCCACCGCCUGUUAGGUUAGCUGCAGCAUUAGAUGCUCAUAAGCUCAAACCCUACUGUGAAUGGCGCAUGCAAGGGAACUAGCUUUCAGGCUCCUUGUGACAAUCUAAUGCCUGAUGAUCUGAGGUUGGAGCAGUUUUAGUCCAGAAACCAUCGCCCCCAGCCCCUGCAUCCCCUCGUCCGUGGUAUAUUUGUCUUAGACAAAACCAGUCUCUGGUGUCAAAAAGGUUGGAGACUACUGGUUUUACAAAAAAGUAAAUUAGUCAAUCAUGGUUGGCAUGCUCCCUUAGUCCCUGCGCCCAGGCUUUUAAGGAUACAGUGAGCUAUGUUCGUGCUACUUCACUCCAGCCUGGAUGACAGUGAGACCUUGUCUCAAAACUUAAAAAAAAAAAAAAAAAAAAAAAAAAGUUAAAAAAGAAAAAGGGCUUCUUGUCAGAGAUGUGGUGUAUACCUAGAGGUCCAAGAACUACAAAAUCUGAUGUCCAAUCCUGAAAAACUCAAUGGUGCACUAGAGUAGGCUUUUACAUAUAACAGCAUCUAAGUUCUGGAAAUGCCAGUGUCAAGGAAGGGAGUGGAGAGCAAUUCAGCAUCCAAACAAUUUGCUGAUACUUUUAUUUAUUUUUUUAAACACAAGUACUACAUUCUAGUCUUUCUGUGGUGUCAUUAUAACUAUUGUUUCUUAAUAUGCUGUCCACCGACUUCAAGGGAUCAAUAAAUAGGAAUCAAGGUGUCCCAGAA